AUGAAGGUUCAUAGGCACACACAAUUUUGCCUCAUUUGUUUGCUGACAUUUGUCUUCCAUCAAUGUCACCAUUGCCAUGAAGGUGAACAUAGCCACAAUGACUGUCAAAUCUCAGAAAACGAAAGGACCGAGCCUGAACCAAGUAAGGAAGCUGAAGUUAAACAGAAAUACUACAUUGAAAAACUCUUUAAUCGUUAUGGUGAGAAUGGAAAAUUGUCGUUUUGUGGCCUGGAGAAAUUGAUGAUGAGCCUUGGCCUUGGAGAAAUUAAAAUAGUAGAAAUAAAUCAUGAGGACAUUGGCCACGAUUAUGUUUCUUACUUAGAUGUACUAGAUAUUCAAGAAGGAAAGCAUUCUCAUUCCCACAACCAUCCUCAUUCCCAUAAUCACCCAAGCUCAGAAAAUCAGACUGCAAACGAAGGGUCUAGCAAAAGGAGCCAGAAGUGUGAUCCAGUGGCAGAAGUUACAGAAUCAUCUUUGAAGCCUGAUGGUAGACAUGCUCAUGAUUCUAAUAAUCACAGACACCACAAGCAUCAUCGCCGCCGCCAUGCACAUCGCCACAUGGACCAUAACAAUACUCAUCAGUCUCAUAAUGAUUCCAUUAACACCAGUGAUCACGGGGAACCAAGUCAUGAGCCUUCCACGGAGACCAAUACUACUCAGGAACAGCCUGAAAGAAAACUACGUAAGCACCCUAAGAAAUGGCGGAGAAUGAAGAACAGUGAGGUUUCAAGAGUUACAGCACAAGAUUUUACUCUCAAUCAUGACUCAAAUGAGGAAUAUGAACAUAAUCAUGUCCACAAACAUGACCAUGUGCAUGAUGUGUCUUUCUCACAUGCACGUUUUCAUGAACACAAUAAUGAUCAUUCAGCUACUCAUGGACAUCAAGACCCAAACCCUGCUAGCGGGGAUGGGUAUCGACAUACCAGCAAGCGAGAGGCACCUGAUAAACAAAUCAGCGUGGGGAAGCAUACUAAUCACAAGAACCAUAAUGAAGAUGAGCAUUCUUCUGAAGAGUGCUUAAAUGUCACACAGCUGCUAAGCCAUUAUGGCCUUCACCCCAGUUCUCCAAUUUCUCCCAGCUUGUUUACUUAUCUGUGCCCUGCAUUGCUGUAUCAGAUUGAUAAGCGACUUUGUAUUGAACAUUAUGAAGACCUGCAUUUCGAAGACUUGAACAAAGGAAACAAUGUAUCUCUCGGGAACGUGGAAAAAACAGGUGCCUCAGCCUGGAUCUGUGGCCUCAUUUCUAUCACAGUUAUUAGCUUGUUGUCUUUGCUAGGCGUGAUUUUGAUUCCUAUAAUCAAUCAGGGAUGCUUCAAAUUCCUCCUCACCUUCCUGGUUGCUCUCGCUGUAGGAACCAUGAGCGGAGAUGCACUACUUCAUCUGCUACCACAUUCCCAAGGAGCCCACAAUCACAGCCACCAUGAAGACCAGGGCCACCAGCAUGAGCAUCAACACGAGCACCAGCAUCUGCACGGCCAUUCUCAUGAGCAUGGAGGAUCGGUUCAGAACUUCCUAGAAGAGUACGAUGCUGUACUGAAAGGACUUGUGGCCCUUGGAGGGAUUUACCUUUUGUUCAUUAUUGAACACUGCCUACGAAUGUACAAACACUAUAAGAAACAAAGGACAAAACAGAAAUGGUGUAAGAAAAAACAAAAAAAGGUUGAUGAAUCGCCCAUUGGAAGGAAACUUUCAGAUCAUAAGCUAAACAGACCUGAUGCUGACUGGCUUCAACUCAGGCCACUAGCAGGAGCAGAUGAUUCCGUGCUGUCUGAUGAUCGACUUAAUGAAACUGAAUUAACAGAUUUGGAUGGCCACCUUGACUCUCUGCCAAAGGCCUUCCUGUCUACUACCGAGGAGGAAAAUCGGAUGCUCCACUCCCAUAAUGACAUCUCUCAUAAUGCCCAGAGCAACAAUCUUUCAGAUGUGGAAUAUGGGAGCCAUCAUCGAGAUGUUAAAAUAAUAGCGAGGAAGCACAACCAUCUCUGGCCACAUAAACAUUCCCAUCACUCUCAUGGACACUGCCAUUCCGGCAAAGACUUAAAAGACACCGGAAUAGCUAAUAUUGCCUGGAUGGUGAUAAUGGGAGAUGGGAUCCACAAUUUUAGUGACGGCUUGGCCAUCGGAGCUGCUUUCAGUGCUGGCUUAACUGGAGGAAUCAGCACAUCCGUAGCGGUGUUUUGUCAUGAACUUCCUCAUGAAUUGGGUGACUUUGCUGUACUUCUGAAGGCGGGCAUGACUGUGAAGCAGGCCAUUGUUUACAACCUCCUCUCGGCGAUGAUGGCUUAUGUGGGAAUGCUAAUAGGAACAGCUGUGGGACAAUAUGCGAAUAACGUCACUCUUUGGAUCUUUGCAAUCACUGCUGGCAUGUUCCUCUACGUGGCCCUCGUGGACAUGCUUCCAGAGAUGCUUCAUGGGGAUGGAGACAACGAAGAGCACGGUUACUGUCCAGUGGGUCAAUUCGUCCUCCAGAACCUGGGGCUUGUCCUGGGUUUUGCCAUCAUGCUCGUGAUUGCUCUUUAUGAAGACAAAAUAGUGUUGGACAUUCAGUUUUGAAAAUUUCCAGUGCUCAACUGUGAUUGCAGUCAUGCUACUGUAAGACUUUUUUUAGUCUGCCCUGUGAUACUGUAUGCACAUCAGUUCCCAGACAAAGCAGUGACACACUCAGAUUUAUCUGUAACCGUAUUUGGGUAUCUGUUUAAACAGGCUCUGCUUCUUUCUAGCUAAUGGAAAGGAAGAGACAAACAAAAUAUGAUUGAUUUGGUCCAGUGUUUUUCUUUUUAAAUAAAAAAAAAAAAUCAGGUUGUGUUGGAAGCAGAGCAUGUAAACAUGAUGCGUGAGAUGCUGUUACAAACACAUCGUUUCUAUUUGGCUCUGGCAACGUGCAGCCGAAAUCACACACCCUGCUGACAAAAGCCUUUUGUGUUGUACUUGAGCAAAUGGUGAAAGGCACCCCUAUUUAUCCACAGAAUUCAUGUGCCAAGCUAGAUCAUUCCCCGGGCUCCUUGUCCCAGCCUGUAACACACACACACACACACACACACACACACACACACACACACACACACACACACACACAGGCUCGCAACUGAAAUUUAGUUGGCAGUGUACAACUAGAACCAUUCCGGGAAAGGUCACCUUUUUAAUGUUUUUUUUUUUUAAACAAAGCAAAAAGGAUGAAUUGUUUCUAGCAUGUUAUUAUUGGAUUGCAUUUGCUCCCAGCCUUGUUGCCUGCUCGGUCAGCUCUUUUACUCUGUGCUGAAUGAUAUGACCAAAGUGAAACCAUGUGUUUUUCUGGUUCAGCCACUGGAUUGAAUUUUCUUCUUCUCUGUCCUGGAUUGAACUUUCCUCUCUCCCCCCCCCCCUUUUUUUUUCUCCCUCCUUGCCAAUCAGCUCUUUCAUACAGGGUUUUAAGCAUGUGUUCUUGUCCGCAGCCACUACUACACAGCUCUGCCGUUGCUGGCUCCUUCGCAAAUGUUUGAGCCCCUUCGAUAUUAUGGCGGUGAUGCAGUAUUGUACUCUUGUCCUUUUGAAGCCCAAGGAUAAGCAGGCUGCAGAUCUCUGAAUCAAGCCUGAGGGGGUCUGUGCACCUUGGGGGAGGCAUGGGGUUGGAAAGUAUUAGCUAUUUCAGGCUAGCUUGGUGGAGAUUGGCUAGCAAAAUGCCAGCUAGCUAAAUAUUGCUUCUGGACUUCCUCCAAUCCCCUGGCUGCAGUGGUGGAGCAGGUAGCAAUGCUGUUUUUGAGCGGUUCAUACUUUCUUCUCUGUUAAUUAAGGGAGGUCCUGCCUCAAGGUUUUUUUGGGGGGGGGACAGCAGCCCUUUUUUCAUGUUUUACAUGAUUCUUGAGAAUAGUUUUGAACGUAUGAAUUCCAGUGCCAUGCCACCUAAAUGUGGAGCAUCUGUGGCUGCUUGACAUGGAGAAUUUUUCACCCCAAGGCCCCCUUUCGGAGAUUGAUUUCAUUGUUUUUUAACUUUCUUCUAUUCUGCUGGGCUUUCGUCCUUGCCUUCGCUGCAGUUGGGUUCCUUCUGCAUUGUAGAAGUUCCAAGGUCUCCUGCCAGAAGCCAAGCAGGUUGACUUCCUAUCUUGGGGAUGCUUCCUCCCCAGCAGGGAGACUCCCCACAUGGCUGCAGGGGUUCCUAGAAAACUAGGCCAGGGAGGUGUGCUGCAGAGAUUACAUAGAUCAGGCCUUCUAUGAUAGCUAGCAUCGUGGCAUGUGCAGAUUUGGGGGAAAGCCUUAACUCUGCAGGGAUUAGCUUCACCCUAGGGAGAAUGUUUGUGCCAAUCAACUAUUAACCUCUAGAGACAGAUUGUAAGAGAUGAUGAGAAGAGCCGACACUUCCAGUCCCAGAAAACAAGAACACAACAGGUUAGUCCUAAAACUAAUCUUGGGAGUUAGUUUCUUCCAGCAUUUUUCUUCCUUUUUUUAAAAAAAAAAAGUAUAUAUAAGCUGAGCUGCAAAAAGAAGGUUGGUGGGUUUGGGUUUUUGCGGGGAGGGGUUACUUUUCUUUGAUUCCCACCAGAGAAUCCCUAAAAAUUACGAAACCAGAUAAUGCUUUCAUUCCAAUUUACUUUUUUGAUCAUUCCACUGACUUUUCUCCAGACAUUCCUGCAGUUGUGGCAGUGUUGCCUACUUUAAAGGUAUGUCCGACGAUGGUGGCCUUUGUGGGAGGGACUGAAUACUAACAAACAGCAGUGUUUUGGUUAGCUGUUGGCUCCACAGAGGACUGGCUCCUGCUUUUUUACCAACUGCAUAUCCAGUUGGAUUUCAGAACAACUGUGAAGACUGAAAAGUUGGGUCUUCUUUGCUCUCCCUCUCUUUGCUAGAGCGAGUAGCUCAGCUCCAGCUAAAAAUGCUUGGCGUCAAGCUGGAGGAGAUGCUGCUGCAUUCCCCUUACAUCUCUAUCAGUGGGACUUCCUUCUCCUAAGAUUGGGGCCCUUGGACUCUUGAUUUAUUAGCAUCUGCCAGACUGCUGGAAGGAGAUCUCUCUCUCUCUCUUCUUUUCUUUUCAAAAAAAAAAAAAAAAGG